GGAAAAAAAAAGAGGAAAGCAGAGUAGUCCUAUAUUCUCUUCUCUCUUUACUCGUCUUUCCCAAAAUCUUAGUAGAAAAACUACAGACCUUUUCUCUCUCUACAAUGGCGUCUCUCUUCAGAGACCGUACAUUAGGCUAUUCCCGGAGAGACCCCAACGCCGCCGUUGCAGUGUCCACCAUGUCCUCCGGCAGCGGCGCCACCAGUAGCUGUCGCUUCUCAACUUCCAGCUCUGCCUUAUCUCCACUUCCAUCACCAUUUCCCGACCUUACUUCGUCACUCUCCUCCACCGACCUCCGUGAAACUGCCUACGAGAUCUUCGUAGCUGCUUGCCGGACUUCCACUGGAAAAGCCUUAACCUACGUUCCUUCAAACGCAUCCGACCGAUCUCCGUCACCGUCACCAUCAGCGUCGAAUUCCAAUUCAUCUUCACCUUCUAUGCAGAGAUCCCUUACUUCUACUGCUGCUUCCAAAAUGAAGAAAGCUUUGGGCCUUCGAUCUAGCUCCAGUACAGGAAUUAAGCGGCCCGAGGGCAGUCCGGGUUCUGGUGGAAAGCCCAAGAAGCCCGUAACCAUAGGGGAGCUUAUGAGAGUCCAAAUGAAGGUUUCUGAGAAUGUUGAUUCGAGAAUUCGUAGAGCUCUUUUGAGAAUUGCUGCUGGACAGGUUGGAAGAAGAAUUGAGUCAACAGUUCUCCCGCUGGAGCUCUUACAACAGUUCAAAGCUGCAGAUUUUACUGAUCAGAGAGAAUACGAUGCCUGGCAGAAAAGAAAUUUGAAAGUUCUUGAGGCUGGACUUCUUUUACAUCCACACAUACUACUGGAUAAGUCGAAUACUGCUGCGCAGAGGCUGCGGCAAAUUAUUCAAGCUGCCUUAGAUCGUCCAAUAGAAACAGGGAGAAACAAUGAGUCAAUGCAAGUUCUCCGAACAGCUGUAAUGGCUCUUGCUAAUAGGUCGUCUGAUGGAUCACUUUUUGAGUCAUGCCAUUGGGCUGAUGGCUUGCCUUUGAAUCUCAGACUCUAUGAAAUACUUCUGGAGGCAUGCUUUGAUGUAAAUGAUGAAGCAUCUAUCAUAGAGGAAGUUGAUGAACUUAUGGACCUCAUAAAGAAGACUUGGGGAAUUCUCGGACUUAAUCAAAUGCUUCACAAUAUUUGCUUUUCAUGGGUUUUAUUUAACCGUUAUGUCGCGACUGGUCAAGUUGAGAAUGAUCUGUUAGACGCCGCUGAUAGUCAGCUAGCUGAAGUCGCAAAAGAUGCAAAGACGACAAAAGAUCCUGCAUAUGCUAAGAUCCUGAAUUCUACAUUAACAGCAAUGUUGGGAUGGGCUGAGAAAAGGCUCCUUGCAUACCAUGACACUUUUGAUGCCGGGAAUAUUGAAUCAAUGCCAACCAUUGUAUCUAUAGGGGUAUCUGCAGCAAAAAUUCUUGUUGAAGAUAUUUCUAAUGAGUAUCGGCGGCGGCGUAAGGGCGAAGUUGACGUGGCUCGUAGUAGAAUUGACACUUACAUCAGGUCAUCACUUCGCACUGCAUUUGCUCAGUUAAUGGAAAAGGCAGAUUCAAGCAGGAGAGCAUCAAGACACCAACCAAAUCCUCUCCCUGUCCUUGCCAUCCUUGCAAAGGAUGUUGGUGAGCUAGCUUCUAAAGAGAAGGAGAUUUUUAGUCCCAUCUUAAAGAGAUGGCAUCCUUUUGCUGCAGGAGUGGCUGUUGCCACCUUACACGUUUGCUAUGGGAAUGAGCUUAAACAAUUUGUUUCGAGUAUAACAGAAUUGACACCAGAUGCUGUACAAGUACUAAGAGCAGCAGAUAAAUUGGAGCAAGAUCUUGUGCAGGUUGCUGUUGAAGAUUCAGUGGACAGUGAUGAUGGUGGAAAGGCCAUUAUCCGUGAGAUGCCACCAUUUGAAGCUGAAGGUGCAAUAGCGACCAUGGUGAAAGAUUGGAUUAAGAUGAGAAUAGACAGACUUAAGGAAUGGGUUGACAGAAAUCUCCAACAAGAGGUCUGGAAUCCUCAAGCUAACGAAGGAGGAUUUGCCCCCUCUGCUGUCGAAGUCCUUAGGAUUAUUGAUGAAACUUUAGACGCAUUCUUCCAGCUGCCAAUACCAAUGCAUCCAGCAUUGCUCCCUGACUUGAUGAAUGGCCUCGAUAGAUGUCUUCAGUAUUACGUAUCAAAGGCAAAAUCUGGCUGUGGAUCAAGGAACACAUAUGUUCCAACCUUGCCUGCACUAACCAGAUGUACCACUGCUACAAAGUUGUGGAAGAAGAAGGAUAAGACACUUAAUACAAAGAGGAACCCGCAGGUUGCUACGAUGAACGGUGAUAACUCAUUUGGGGUGCUUCAAUUGUGUGUACGUAUAAAUACUUUCCAAAGAAUUCGGACAGAGCUAGAAGUUCUUGAGAAGAGAAUUAUUACCCUUUUGAGGAAUUCUGAAUCAGCUCAUGUGGAAGACUUUUCAAAUGGGUUGGGAAAGAAGUUUGAAAUCUCACCUGCUGCUUGUGUUGAGGGGAUCCAACAGCUCUCUGAGGCAGUCGGCUAUAGGAUUGUCUUUCAUGAUCUAAGUCCUGUUUUGUGGGAUGGACUGUAUAUUGGGGAGCCAUCUUCUUCGCGCAUUGAGCCUUUCCUUCAAGAACUUGAGAAGAAUCUGACGAUCAUAUCAAACACUAUUAAUGAAAGAGUUCAGACUCGAAUUAUUGCAGACAUAAUGAAAGCAUCUUUUGAUGGUUUCCUGUUGGUGUUGCUUGCUGGAGGACCUUCUAGAAUUUUCACGCAGCAGGAUUCACAAAUCAUAGAGGAUGAUUUUAAGUCCCUGAAAGACGUUUUCUGGGCAAAUGGGGAUGGAUUGCCUGUGGAUGUAAUAAACAAAUAUUCAACAACAGUAAGGGAUGUACUCCCUCUUUUCCGGGCUGAUGCAGAGAGCCUCAUUGAGAGAUUCAGGCGAUCAACUUUGGAAACUUAUGGUUCAUCCGCAAAAUCUAGGCUUCCCUUGCCCCCUACCUCAGGGCAAUGGAAUCCAACUGAACCAAACACCCUGUUACGUGUCUUGUGCUACCGAAAUGAUGAAGCUGCUUCCAAGUUCCUUAAGAAGACUUACAACUUGCCUAAAAAACUGUGAUUACUUGGGAGGCUUGAUCAAGGGAGGCAGCUUCUUCGUUGAAGAUCAAUCUUGACCAAUGUUAUCGAUGUUCUGUAAUAUGCUUCAGAUUGACCAAGAAGAUCCUCAAGCCAAGGAUAUGGAAUUAUGGAUGCCUCUGGGAAUAUUUAAAGAAUGACUAUUUUCUUGUAUAGUAAAAGUUUGGGUCUUUGAUUUCUUCAUUUCAAGAUAUUGCUUUCAUAAGGUAGGAAUCCAAGGCAGCAGUAAGUGAUUAAUGGAGGUAACAGUUUGUGGAGAUGAUUUGAUCCUAUUAUUUUGCUUGUUUAUAGAAUUUCAGGUCCCAUCAACAGAGUAAUUGAUCUAAGAUUCAUUGUCUUCUACAUAUCUAUAUAUAUUCGUUUAUUCCUUCUGA